AACAAACCAAUACAAAAAACACAUAACAAACACUAGCAAUAUGACACCAUCAACACACAACACCACCGCCACAGCCGCAGCCGCCACCGGAAUCCGGUGGAACUCUCCGAUACCCUACUUGUUCGGAGGUCUUGCUUUGAUGCUAACCCUAAUAGCAUGUGCAUUAAUCAUCUUAGUAUGCUCACACAAAAAACCCUAUUCUUCUUCAAACUCAUCGGAAAACGGUGCUGGUGAUCAAGAAAAGGCGUCUGAGCCAGAGUUUCGGGUGGAGUUAUUGCCCGAAAUGGAGCCGAAGAUCGUAAUAGUCAUGCCCGGAGACAUCAACCCUACUUAUCUUGCUAAACCUGCCCCACCCACCAGCGCCGGUGAUCAAGUUUGAGAUAUAUAAGUAUUAUUAGGUUUCUUGUUUUAUAAAGAAUCCAAUCUUGUUUUCUUUUUCCCCUCAAGAUUUCUCUGGUUCAUCCAGGAGAUUGUAAUUUUGGUAGAAUUAAUUAUGAAUAUAGAACAGGAUUAUUUUGCUCCAAUA